AAUUUUGAUGUAACACUUAUUUGUAGAGCGAUUUGUUUGAUUAGUCGCCGUGCACCAACUCAAGGUCAUUGAAAACUUACAUUUAUGAUUAUGGCCGCAAUUCAAAUUGUCAACUGCGCGCUCUCUCACAGAUCGCUUGCAGCGUUGCCACCUUAGAAUACAUAACAAACUGGCAGCGCUAUGUAUGAGCAGCGCACGUUUCCCACGGUUUGUUUACAAUGGUGCGCAUUAAAAAUCGUUACAUAGCCGUGCAAAUAGUGCCACAUACGCCCGUGAAAACGCUGCGUCUCAACGACCACACAGUAGCCAAGUGUCUGCUGAAAUAUGUUGAGAAAUAUUAUGGAGUGUAUGCUCUGGGCAUCUUGGAGCACGGCUUUCGUGUGAAAUACUGCAAUGAUCGCACCAAAAUAGCCAUUAUACGUUGCUUGCAUCGUGGACAACGCUAUUUAUCAAGCAUAUUGCCACUCAUCACACUGAUAGGUGAUGUGCGUGCAAAAUUCCGCACUCUGUAUGUGGGAGCCACCGUCAUACAAUGCAAUAAAUUUAUUAUUAACCACCAGCGGCAGUUUUUGGAUCGCAUGAUGGGCCAAACGGCAUCAGCGAAGGAGCGUCAAGACCUCUUUAAGCGCGUAAUGGAGCUUGAUGUAGACAGAUAGUUUGCUUAUAUAUUAUAUAUAUACAUAUAGUUUAUUUUUACACACAAUAUCGAUUGGACUAAAUGUUAAGAUUAAGUAUAU